CGCUACUAGGAACAUGGCGCACUUAAUGCGGACCAACUUUACACAAGGGAAAUGUAGGAGUAUUGCUAAUUAGCCCAAACAUCAGAAGUGUCGUUGUUGUUGCUAGCAGUAAGCUUUUGUCCCGUGUCCCGUGGCUCAGUGUUUUCCGACCCUCCUUCACUGUUGGUAUGGGAUGAAAGUUUGGAGCAGCAGUCACUGAAGUUAACGAUGGAGAAGCCAAGAGCUAAGAAAGAAAAGUUCUCUUUUUUUGGCUCCCGCUCCAACAGUAAGACCAGUGGUGCCCAGCCUUCGCCCUCUUUAUCCUCUUCCUCCCCAGUGUCUCCAUCCUCUGCAGUUAAAAAACCUGAUACCCAGUUCUCACCUGGUCUUGGCCUAAACAAAGCUGAAUUCCUUGAGAGAGUCCGCCGCAGCAACCAGGCUUGCCAACAGGGGGAGUAUGCAUUGGCUGUUCGUUUAUACACCGAGGCCCUCUCUGCGGACCCCCAAAACUGCAUCUUGUACAGUAACCGCUCCGCUGCCUACCUCCGCCUUGGCCAGUACAGCACUGCCCUGGACGACGCUAUCAAGGCACGACUCAUCAACCCCAAAUGGCCAAAGGCCUACUUUCGCCAGGGGGUUGCCCUACAGUACCUGGGUCGUCAUGCUGAUGCACUGGCAGCUUUUGCCUCUGGCUUGGCCCAGGACCCAAAGAGUCUCCAACUGCUAGUCGGCAUGGUGGAGGCUGCCAUGAAGUCACCACUCAGAGACACACUGAAGCCCACCUAUCAGCAGUUACAGAAGAUGAAGUUGGACAAGAGCACGUUUGUGGUUGUGUCUGUCAUUGGCCAGGAGCUGCUAAGUCAUGGUUUUCAUGGGGCUUCAAUUGUGGUUCUUGAGGCAGCACUGAAGAUCGGCACCUGCUCACUGAAACUGCGUGGAUCUGUCUUUUCAGCACUGAGCUCUGCCUACUGGUCUCUAAACAACAAAGAGAAAAGUAUGACAUACAUGCAGCAUGACCUGGAGGUCACUAAAACUUUAGGUGACCAGUCAGGUGAAUGCCGAGCUCAUGGGAAUCUGGGUUCUGCUUUAUUCUCUAAAGGCAGCUAUAGAGAAGCACUGGCAAACCACAGACAUCAGCUAGUGCUGGCUAUGAAACUCAAGGACAGAGAAGCUGCCUCUGAUGCCCUGUGUAGUCUUGGUCAUGUAUAUACAGCUAUUGGUGACUACCCCAAUGCUCUGGCCAGCCAUAAGCAGUGUGUGCUGUUAGCGCAACAAAUGCAGUGCCAAACCUCGGAAGCUCGUCAGCUCGGAAAUAUGGGCGCAGUCUACACCGCCCUGGGAGACUUCAUUAAUGCUGUUCAGUGCCACCAACAGCACUUAGACAUUGCAAAGACAUUACAAAACAAAAGUGAAGAAGCACGUGCAUACAGCAACCUGGGCAGUGCCUACCACUCACAACGAGAUUUUGACAAGGCCAUAUCAUACCAUACUCGUGUUUUAGAGCUGGCACGAGAACUGGGGGACAAAUCAAUCGAGAUGAGAGCCUAUGCUGGUCUGGGACAUGCUGCCCGCUGCAUGCAAGAUUUGGAGAGGGCGCUUAAACACCACCAGCGACAACUUGAAAUUGCAGAAGAGUUAGCAGACAGAUCAGCUCAGGGCAGAGCAUCUUCCAAUCUCGGAAUUAUACAUCAGAUGAAGGGGGAGUUUGAAACAGCAAUGAAGUUUCACAAAGCCCACCUGUCUGUGGCUGAGGAGCUGGGGGACUAUGCUGCACAAGGACGAGCUUAUGGGAACAUGGGUAAUGCAUAUCACGCCAUGGGUCUGUAUGACCAGGCCGUACGUUACCAUCGUCAGGAGCUGCAGAUAUCACUUGAGGUUAAUGACCGUCAGUCACAGGCCUCUACUCAUGGUAACCUGGCUGUAGCCUACCAGGCAUUGGGCGCUCAUGACCGAGCUUUACAGCACUACCUUCACCAUUUAACUAUUGCACGAGAGCUAAGGGACACUCAGAGUGAGACAAGAGCACUUGUAAAUCUAGGCAACUUUCACAGCUGGAGAGGAGAAUAUGCUCAGGCCCUGCCAUAUUACCAGCAGUAUCUCGUUUUGGCUCCUAGUUUACAGGAUCUUGAAGUAGAAGGGAAGGUGUGCCACAACCUUGGUUAUGCUCAUUACUGCCUUGGUCAAUACAGGGAUGCUGUCAGGUAUUAUGAGCAGGACCUCGCCUUGGCAAAAGACCUUCAUGACAAAUUAUCACAGGCGAAAGCGUAUUGUAACCUUGGACUUGCACACAAAGCACUGGGAGAGUACAAUAAAGCAGAGGAGUGCCAACGAUACUUGUUGUCACUAGCCCAAGCCUUGGAAAACUCACAGGCUGUGUUUAGGGCCUUUGGUAACCUUGGUGAUGUGUGUGUGAGUCGUGGGGAUCCUGCUGGUGCAGUGAAGUUUUACCAGCAGCAGUUGAGCCUUGCACAGAAGGUCAAAGACCUGAAAAUGGAAGCUGAUGCUUACUCCUCUCUGGGCUUAGUUCACAGGCAUCUCCGCCAGCUGGAUGAUGCUUUGUCCUUUCAUAGUCAAGAACUGACUGUCCUCAAAGAUCUAAAUGACCAGCAGGGGGAGUGCCAUGCUCUUGGACACCUGGCAGCAGUUCAUAUGGCCCUGGGAGAUUAUACCACAACUUUUCAAUGUUACCAAACUCAACUGGGCUUGGCCCAACAGCUCAGAGAUGCCCGGUUAGAAGCCCAGGUUCAUGGUAACAUGGGCAUCACCAAAAUGAACAUGGGGGUGUUUGAGGAGGCUAUAGGUUAUUUUGAGCAGCAGCUAGCCAUGCUGCAGCAGCUGAGUGGGACAGAAAGUAUGUUAGACAGAGGCAGAGCCUACGGGAACCUGGCAGAUUGCUACAGUGCUUUAGGAGACUACGAGGAAGCUACUCUGUACUAUGAGAAGUACCUGACAGUGGCUCAGAGCCUCAACCACGUCAAAGACCAGGAGAAGGCCUACAGAGGACUAGGCAAUGCUCACAGGUCUAUGGGCAGUUUGCAGCAGGCUCUGGUGUGUUUUGAGAAGCGUCUGGUGGUGGCACAUGAGCUUGGUGGAGAGGGAGGAGGUAAGGCUCAUGCGUAUGGUGAGCUGGGGACUUUACACAGUCAGUUGGGAAACUAUGAACAGGCGCUUUCCUGUUUGGAACAUCAGCUCGCUAUAGCACGAUCUGCAGGGGAUAAAUCCCUUGAAGCAGAGGCCAGUGAUGCUCUUGGAGAUGUCUAUCUGAUGAUGGCAGACAAUGAGACAGCACUACAGUGGCAUCAAAGGGCUCUGGAUAUUGCUGAACAAAAUGGUUGUAUAAGGAGUCAAGGGCGAGCAUAUGGAAACCUGGGACUCACAUAUGAAGCUUUGGGAAACUUUGAGAGGGCAGUGUUUUUCCAGGAGCAGCACCUAAGUGUUGCUGCACAGGCCAAUGAUCUGACAGCCAAAACAAUUGCCUAUGGUAGUCUGGGAAGGACACACCAUGCUCUGCAAAACUAUUCACAGGCUGUCAUGUAUCUCCAAGAAGGUCUUCGUCUAUCUGAGCAGCUUGGACGCAGAGAAGAAGAAGCCAAGAUACGUCACCACUUGGGUCUGUCGUUAUGGGCCAGUGGGAACCUAGAGGAGGCUCAGCAUCAGUUAUAUAGAGCAUCAGUCCUGUUUGAGACAAUCCGCCAUGAGACACAACACAGUAUGGACUACAAACUGUCUUUGUUUGAUCUGCAAACCAGCUCUUACCAGGCUCUUCAAAGAGUUCUCGUCAGUAUGGGGCGUCACGAUGAGGCUCUGGCCAUAGCAGAGCGUGGCCGCACACGAGCUUUUGCUGAUUUAUUAGUGGAACGUCAGAAAGGAAAUCAGCAGGUGCCAGGGACUGACCCGUACACACCAGUCACCCUUGAGCACCUCCUGGAUAUAGUGAAUAGUCAGAAGGCAAUGGUUCUCUACUAUUCUCUGGCAGGAGGCUUUUUGUACAGCUGGCUUAUCUCUCCGGGGACAGGCAUUGUAAAAUUUCAUGAGAUAUACCUUGGAGAGGCUGAGUACCAGGAUGGAGAUGGUGGUCCUCAAGGAUUUUGUGCUGGUGUAGGCCCAUUUACUUUAGAGCAGUACAUCACCAAUGCCAGAGAAGCUUUAGGAGUGGACGGGCUUUAUAGCAGAGUGUGCUCCAACAGCGAGACUGAGAGUGAAGCAGGAGAGCUCCUGGAGCAACAGUUUGAUGAGGUUAACAGUAAACUCACAUCUACAGAUCCAACUGGCUACCUCCGCAUGGUAUCCAGAAACCACCUUUUUAACAGAAGUUGGCAGAGCAUGACAAGUUUAUACAGUGCUACAGUGUCUCCAGUGAAAGAAGGGUUCUUGUCUCCUCCUCUUCGCCCAUCAAACAUUGGCAAACCCCCACUGCGGGCACUUUAUGAUUUGCUUAUUGCUCCAAUGGAAGUGGGUUUGAUGCAUAAUAGUGGGCCUGUGGGAAGACACAGACAGUUGGUCUUGGUGCUUGAGGGAGAAUUAUACCUGAUUCCAUUUGCUUUGCUCAAAGGCAGUUCCUCUAACGAGUACCUUUAUGAAAGGUUCAGUCUUAUUGCUGUGCCAUCAUUAACCAGUUUAGAAGACACUGUGAAGAUUCUUCCUUCUCGUGGUGGUGGAACUUUACUUUGUUCGGAUGGAUCAGUGGCAGCAGUGGUGGGAGCACCACAUGUUCCUCCGAGAGUGAUGGAUCGAUGGCUAUGGGGACCCUUACCUUCAGCCCAGGAAGAAGCUCUGUGGCUAGGAGAUCAGCUUGGUUGUCACCCCCUGACUGGAACUGAUGCCACAAAGGAACAUGUUCUUAAAGUUUUAAGCCAGGCUGAAUGUGUCCAUUUUGCUACACAUAUAUCAUGGAAGCUUGCUGCCCUGGUCCUUGCUCCCUUUCAGGAGCAUGUUGGUGCAGAGAAAAUUACUAGGACAACCACAAGUGUAUCAUUUAAUGGGGCCUCAACAUCUUCUAGGCAGAAUGGAAGUGUCACACAGAGUCAGAGCAGCCCAGAGUGUCUCAAGAGGAAAGCUGAUGUAAUUAGUGAUGAUGGAGCAAGUAUUUGUGAAGUUGAGAGUGCAUGUUAUAGCCCACCUCUUCAGGACUUUCUCCUCACUGCUGCAGACAUAUUGGGCCUCUGUCUAAAUGUAAAAUUGGUAGUUUUAAGGUUGUUUCCAGAGUCUAGUGGCAAGGUCACAGCUGAUGGUGUAGUGGGACUAACCCGAGCAUUCCUGGCUGCUGGGGUGCAGUGUGUGUGUGUCUCUCUAUGGCCUGUGCCAACAGCUGCCUCCAAACUUUUUAUGCACAGAUUUUAUGCCACACUUAUGAAUGGGACCAAAGCCAGUGCUGCCUUGACAGAAGCUAUGAAGGCUCUGCAGAGCAGCAAACACUUCUCGCAUCCAUCCAACUGGGCAGGGUAUGUUCUGAUUGGUAGUGAUGUCAAGAUUAACAGUACCAUGUCUUUGGUUGGUCAGUCACUGACAGAAAUCCUCCAAUAUCCAGAAAAAGCCAGAGAUGCCCUUAGAGUAAUGUUGCACUUGGUUGAGAAAUCUUUGCAGCGUAUUCAUAGUGGACAGUGUAAUCCCAUGUACACCUCACAACAGAGUGUUGAAAAUAAGGUGGGAGGAGUGCCUGGGUGGCAGGCAUUAUUAUCUGCUGUGGGUUUCCGAUUGGAUUUCUCUGGAGGAGCUGGUCUCCCUGCAGCUGUUUUCUUCCCAACUUCAGACCCUGGGGACCGCCUCCAACAGUGUAGCAAUACUCUUCAGUCUCUACUUGGUCUUCCGCCUACUGCUCUUCAGGCGCUGUGCAAACUGGUAACAGUGAGAGAAGCUGGAGAACAACUUGUUUGUAAGUUACACCAAGUACUGGUUCAGCUGCAGUCACCUGACAAAGACCAAGACUUUUCUCUAGCCCCUAUUCAAGUCUCAAUAAGUGUGCAGCUCUGGAGGCUCCCUGGUUGCCAUGAGUUUCUAGCCGCUCUAGGGUUUGAUCUUUGUGAGGUGGGUCAGGAACAAGUAGUUUUAAAGACUGGAAAGCAGGCUAGUAGGCGCUGUAUGCAUUUUGCCCUGCAGUCACUUCUGGCACUAUUUGACUCAACAGAACUUCCUAAGCGACUAAGCAUGGACAGUUCCUCUUCUUUAGAAUCCCUGUCAUCGUCACAGUCCACAUCUCAGCCACACUCUCUUCCUGCAUCAUAUGGCUCUUACUCAGCACAGUCUUCUUUCUUAAGCCCUGUGUGUCCAGACAGUCUCUCCUGUGAUGCCAUCUCUGUUUACAGUCUCAGUUCACUCGCCUCCUCCCUCAGUUUUCUGUCCCGUCCAGAGCCUGCAGGAAGUGACAUCAUCAGUCAGCGCUCAAACCCUCCAGACCAGAACAAAGGAGCUGGCCUCUACUCUUCACCUCGACAUGCAGGUGCUCUGGCCAGGGGGCGACAGACCAAUCAUAGUGGAGCGAUGUUGGGAGAAGGAGAAGAUGAAGAGUACCAGGGAUACUCCAUUAUAAGCAGUGAGCCUUUAGGACACAGUGGAACAGAUUGUGAUACACUGCCAUUACCUGCUGGACACAAACAUGCCCGAGGCUCAGCUGGUAGAGGAGCAGCUUCUGGACAUGGAUAUCCCAUCACAGUUUCAUCAAAGGGAAGUGUUAGCACACCCACUUCUCCUAUUAAAGCAACAGCACUAAAAGUUACAACAAGCCCAAAGUUCAGACAGAGCAACUUCUCUCCAGUGAAGAAUGGAAAUGGGAAAGCAAGCAGUUCUGAGUCAGACCAGUCCAGUACUGAAACAGACAGCACUGUGAAGUCCCAAGAGGAGAGGACAGGACCCACGGGGGCACUGGACCCCCAGGAACUAGCCAAGAAAAUCUUAGAGGAGACACAGAGCCAUAUGCAGGCUGUAGAGAUUCUGCAGUCAGCCAAUUGUAGGAGCAUAAAGGGGUCACAGGAAAACAAGCCACUUCCUUUGUCAACCCCUGCAACUCCAGUAUUGAACUCUAAGAAACAGUUUCAACCCUCUGAGACAAGUGCAUUUAGCAGACCUCCAAGCAGAGCUAGUACAAAAACCUCAUCCCCUCUCUCUCCGCCCGGUCAUCUGUCCCGUCAGUUUGCUGCUGUAUCAACACCUCCACCCCGACCAAAACUACUGCCCCGCUCCUCAUCAUUGCAGAAAGUCAAUUCUGAUAAUUCAUCUCCUUCCUCGUCUGUUUCUCGCCUAAAAAAGUCUAGUCCUUCCUCAAAUGUGCAUACACUGGCUCAGCUACAAUACCCAAACUCCUUUUGUGAAAGUGCCUCCUCAGCACUCUCUCAAUCCAGCAGUAACAUCUGCAGCUCUCCUGCAGACUCUUCCCCAUCCCCAACUCUUUCCUAUUCCCCCAGUGGCUCCAUUAUUACUUCUUCCAGUCCUUGCAAGACCUCUGACCAAAAACAGUCCACUCAGGAUAAUAAAACAUUUCACAACUUGAGAAACUUUUGGGCCCAUGCUGCUCAGAAACAUGACGUACCCUGUCCCGCUAGUUUACUCCAAGGUGGAAAUAAGAAAAUGAGUAUGGUUCAAAAAGAUGUUUUAGGUUUACUUAAUCUCUCUCCUCAGCACCAGUCUAGUAAACGUACAGAAAGGCCUGGUGAGCUGGAAAAUCACAGCAGACAUAAUGGUCACCAAAGGCAAGAGGCAAACUCUCCCUCUGCAUCAAAUUUGUCAACAAACUCUAAAGACAGACAUGGUUUUGGAUACAAGUUUUUUUCACCUGGAAAUUUCUUUCCUUCUUCCAAAUGCUGAGUUCCAGAUUAGACUAAUCUUUUCCCCUUUUUAAAAUCUUUUUACUCUUUACUUUUAAUUACCAAACAUUGGCUGUUUAGCAAUACCUACUGAAAAGAAUGGACAGGUUUCUUAUGUUAAGAGUUAUUCUGUGUACAUUUUGAGACAUUUAUGCCUAUUUAAAUUUAGGCUACUCAUUAAAAUAACUUGAUAUUCACAUUUUAUUUGCUAACUAUUCAUAAAUGUCUAUAGGUAUGAGUGUAUUUUAUAUGGUGUUUUCUAAUAAUCAGAUUUUAUUAAUAAAUAAUG